GUUUGACAAGGCCAUCUCUCAGAAAUCUUUUUUUCCAGAAACUGCCAAAGGAUCUUCAGCAGGAAUUGAUUCAUCCUCUUCUGAAUCAUCAACAUAGAAACACAUCUUAUCAACAUAGAUUCUAAAGCAGCAAAAGAAUUAUACUUCCAAAGGUAUCCACUAAUUUCUUCAUCAUCAAGUAGGUACGUCUUUUAAAGAAGAGGCAGCGUCGGUCUUGUUGACUCCAUGGAGUAAUUUGCUGGGGAGGAUAACCUCAGAAAUGUGUGAAAUUUUUAACUCUGGAAACAGUGAUGAUGGUCUGAUGCCUGUAUCAUCCAUUGUCCGACUCUAAAAUUUGUGGCAUGACGUCAUCCAAAAGCAGCAGGGUCUUGUCUCCACGCGUGCCACGGCAGAUUUCGACGUGUCAUUCAAGGGUAUUCUAGUAAAAACGAGGACCAAACAUGCCAAGUAGUAACGUUUCGUUUAUGCAUUAAUACACUCGUAAUAACCUUUAUAAUCCCUCGCCUCCUCCAUGCGGCGUUUUCUGUUUGUCGUUUCCUGCUUUGGGUUAUACGCUUUGGUGGCCGCUACAUACGCAUGGCUAGCGUUUCCGCCGCAUAUAGGACGCACGGAUCAUGUGUCGUCUUCUUCGCUAGGUUGCAGAGAGGACAACGAGGGUUCAUGGUCCAUUGGCGUAUACUAUGGUGACUCUCCCUUCACUCUCAAACCUAUCGAAACCAUGAAUGUAUGGAGGAACGAGAGUGCAGCAUGGCCUGUGGCUAAUCCUGUUUUAACAUGUGCCUCCUUGACCAACUCUGGUUUUCCCAGCAACUUUGUAGUUGAUCCGUUUCUCUAUGUUCAGGGUGAUACUCUUUACAUGUUCUUUGAAAAUAAAAACCCCAUUACAAUGCAAGGGGACAUAGGAGUUGCAGAAAGUACUGACAAAGGAGCAACUUGGAAACCUCUUGGUAUAGCUUUGGAUGAGCCUUGGCACUUAUCUUUCCCAUUCGUCUUCAAUUACAAUGGACAAAUAUACAUGAUGCCAGAGAGUAACGAGUUAGGACAGCUUCGUCUCUACCGUGCUGUUAACUUCCCUUUAAUUUGGAACCUGGAGAAAGUCAUCUUGCAAAAGCCCCUUGUUGAUACCACCAUAAUCCAUCACCAAGGAAGCUACUGGCUAUUUGGAUCAGAUCAUACUAGCAUCUUUGGGACCAAGAAGAAUGGACAUUUACAAAUUUGGUACAGUACCACUCCUCUUGGCCCAUGGAAACCACACAAGAAGAAUCCUGUCCACAACGGGGCAAGAAACGGAGGCAGAGCAUUUUCAUAUAACGGUAAUCUCUACCGUGUUGGUCAAGCUUCCGGUGAUAGUUAUGAGAAAAAGAUACGCAUAUUCAAGAUAGAUGUUCUUUCUAAGGAAGAGUAUAGAGAAGUCCAAGUCCCCUUCGAUUUAGAAACGUCCCAUAAAGGUCAAAAUUCUUGGAACGGAGUUAGGCAGCAUCAUUUAGAUGUAAUACAGCUAAGCUCUGGUGAAUACAUUGGUCUUGUUGAUGGUGAUCGUGUAACAUCAGGUGAUUUGUUUCUUAGGGUUUCUCUCGGAUAUGCCUCUCUUGUAUCUGCUAUUACAGUUGUUGUGUUGCUAGGGUUUUUGCUUGGGAUCUUGAACUGCAUUGUUCCAUCAACCUGGUGUGUUAACUACUACGCUGGAAAAAGAACCGAUGCGGUCUUGAAUCUGAAGACCACAAGUUUCGUGUCUGAACAGUUAAGACGGAUGUGUUCUAGGUUAAACCGAGUACCGCCUUUUCUGAGAGGGCUCGUGAAACCUAAUUCCAAGUUUGGAAGAUUAGCACUCGUUUUGAUAUUACUUGUAGGAGCUUUGCUUACAUGUGUUGGCAUCAGAUACAUACACGGUGGAAGCGGAGUUGUAAUGGCUUAUCCUUUCAAAGAUCAUGUAUCUCAGUUCACGUUAGCUACUAUGACGUACGACGCACGUCUCUGGAACCUUAAAAUGUACGUGAAGCAUUACUCUCGAUGCCCUUCAGUGAAAGAGAUUCUUGUCAUAUGGAACAAAGGACCACCUCCUGAACUCAACGAACUAGACUCGGCCGUGCCGGUCAGAAUCCGAGUCGAGAAGAAGAACUCUCUAAACAACAGGUUCAAUAUCGACCCGUUGAUUAAAACACGAGCCGUUCUUGAGCUUGACGACGAUAUAAUGAUGUCUUGUGACACCAUCGAGAAAGGGUUUAGGGUUUGGAGGGAACAUCCUGAGAGACUUGUCGGAUACUACCCGCGUUUUGUUGAUGAAACAAUGAGUUAUAGUGCUGAGAAGUUUGCGAGGAGUCAUAAGGGAUACAAUAUGAUUCUCACGGGAGCAGCGUUUAUGGACGUUGGUUUCGCGUUUGGUUUGUAUCAGUCGGAGAAGGCGAGACUUGGUCGAGAGUUUGUGGACGAGCAGUUUAACUGUGAAGAUGUUUUGUUGAAUUUUUUGUAUGCUAAUGUGAGUGGUUUGGGAAAGGCUGUGGAGUAUGUGAGACCGUCUUUGGCUAUUGACACUUCGAAAUUUUCUGGUGUAGCGAUUAGUGGAAACACGAAUCAGCAUUACAUGAAGAGGAGUAAGUGUCUCCGGAGAUUCUCUGACUUGUAUGGGAGUUUGUCUGAUCGGAGAUGGGAGUUUGGUGGAAGAAAAGAUGGGUGGGAUUUGUAGGGAAAAAAAAAGAGUUGUUAUUAUUACAAGGUCUCAAGUUAGAAGUUUUUCAAAUAUAAAGUUAUAGCCCGAAAUAUUAUUUCGACCGAGCCACCACCGGUCAGUCAUUGCUCCAAACAGUCGGCUUAUGAUCGAUUACUUGGCACGCAGGCUUAGAUUCUUUACUUCUUUGCAGCACUAAACAUGUUCUGGCAACAAACACUACUCUCUCAACUUUUAGUUCUCUUGGUUCAAUUCUUAUCUACUUUAUCCGUAAAUAUAAAUAUAUUCUUAAGAA